GGCGGGAGGCGGGGCGCGGGCAGCCGGCGGGGCGCGCCAUGGACGCAGGAGCGGACGCAAAAGGGGGCGGUGGCCCCGCAGCCCCCCAGGAUCCCCGCGGCCCCGCGCUGCCCCAGCUCCCACGCCGCCCGCAGCUCCUGGAUGAGGACGGAGGGCCCAGCGAGGAAGUGGCCGUGGAUGCGGGCAGUUCCCCGGCCCCGGAGGAGUCCCGGGCCGAGCCCCAGGCCGAGGCCUCGACGGCGGCCCCCCCCGAGGCCGAGGCCACGGGCGAGGCCAGACAGGGGCCCAAGGUGGCCGUCGGAGGGGUGCCCAACAUCGGCUUCGUGGGCGAGCCCCCUCCCUACGCACCACCGGACCCCAAGGCAGUGCACCUGCUGUACCCGCCCUUCCCGCAGGGGCCCGUCCUCUUCCAGCCUGGCCCCUCGCCCCAGGCCCUGUACCCGCCGCCACCGGCCGCGCCCCUGUACCCCGCGCCCGCCGCACCACCGCUCUUUGCAUCGUUCCCGGUGUACAACAGCCCCGUGGCCAGCAUGCCCGCCCCGCCCCUGGUGGAGCACAGGCCCCUGCCCAAGGACUACAUGAUGGAGUCCGUGCUCGUGACCCUCUUCUGCUGCCUCCUCACGGGGCUCAUCGCUAUCGUCUAUUCCCACGAGACGCGUGCGGCCCUGAGCAGGGGGGACCUGGCCCAGGCCGAGGAGGCUUCCCGCAAGGCCCGCUCGCUCGUGCUCUUCAGCCUGCUCUUUGGGGUCUUUGUGUCCACCAGCUGGGUCAUCUACGUGGUCGUGGCCCUGUACCUCCCCUGAGGGCCGCAGGCUCCUUUCAGAUGCCUGGAUGCAUAAGGACACCCAGCCUGGCCAGACGCUUCCUGUGGACUUUGAUCCCUGCCGGUGGCCAUCUGUUGCCUCCAGAGGGGCCCCAGGGCCAGAAGAAGGUGGGGUCUGCAGCCCUUGGCACAUCUGUGGCUGGGCCACAGCCCCUACGGGUGGCCUCAGGCAGCAUCCUACACCAGAGUGGCUCCAGAGCCCAGGCCCAGCGGUGGGACGGGGACCCACUGGAGCUCCGCGUCCUGUGCUUCCUCCCGAGGUCUUUCUGGGACUGGGCUGUCUGGGCCCCCAUGGCCCUUGCCUUCACCUUACACCCGGCAGACCACCCAAGGGACCGGGGCUCUCGUCCUCGGAGCCGUCUGGAAGGACGUUGCAAACUCCGGCCUCCUCCCACCUCCAGCCCAGCCUGGUGUCUGUGGGGCAAAGCUGCUGGUGUGUCCUUUUCCCUGUCGGGGAGCUGAGUGUGGUGUCGUCCCUCUCCUCGUCGCUCCUGGCUGAUUGUCCUGAGCCCUGGCCCCUUCCUAGGAGACAGGCUCUCUCACGUCGACUCCAUGUCCAGAAACCAAGGCCACCGUGUCUGGUCAAUAAACAACAAGCUGCCCCCCGGGCGGGUGUUGCUA